GGGACGGGCGCACCGCGGCGGCGGCAGCGGGCAGCAGUCGCCGCAGGAGCCGCUGUCGGAGCCAGCCGGGCUGUCCCGCGCCCUCCGCAGCGCUCGCUGCCUGCCUGGCCGCCCCCGCCGGGUAGCGGGAACGCGGAGCGCGGAGGCUGCGGGAGCCGGACGGGAAAGAUGCCCCUGGCGCAGCUGGCAGACCCUUGGCAGAAGAUGGCUGUGGAGAGCACGGCCGAGAGCAGCACCGAGAAUGGACAGCAAAUUGUGGAUGAACCUAUGGGAGAAGAUGAUAUCAACCAACAGACUGAAGAAGGAAGUAUCAAAGAAAUUGCAAUAACUCACCAUGUAAAGGAAGGACAUGAGAAAGCAGACCCUUCACAGUUUGAACUUCUGAAAGUAUUAGGACAAGGAUCCUUUGGAAAGGUCUUCCUUGUCAAAAAAAUCUCAGGAUCAGAUGCUAGACAGCUUUAUGCAAUGAAGGUAUUGAAAAAGGCCACCUUGAAAGUUCGAGAUCGUGUUCGGACAAAAAUGGAACGUGAUAUCCUAGUAGAAGUUAACCAUCCUUUUAUUGUCAAGUUACAUUAUGCUUUUCAAACAGAAGGGAAGCUGUAUCUUAUUUUGGAUUUUCUCAGGGGAGGAGACUUGUUUACACGUUUAUCCAAAGAGGUGAUGUUCACAGAAGAUGACGUUAAAUUUUAUCUGGCAGAAUUAGCACUUGCUUUAGACCAUCUACAUAGUCUUGGAAUAAUAUACCGGGAUCUAAAACCAGAAAACAUCCUGCUUGAUGAAGAAGGACAUAUCAAAUUGACAGAUUUUGGCUUAAGUAAGGAGUCAAUUGAUCAUGAAAAAAAAGCCUACUCUUUCUGUGGAACAGUGGAAUAUAUGGCACCAGAAGUUGUUAACAGACGAGGCCAUACACAGAGUGCAGACUGGUGGUCUUUUGGUGUUUUAAUGUUUGAAAUGCUCACUGGUACUCUACCUUUCCAAGGGAAAGACAGAAAAGAAACCAUGACUAUGAUUCUCAAGGCCAAACUUGGAAUGCCCCAAUUCUUGAGUCUUGAAGCACAGAGUCUCCUGCGAAUGCUCUUCAAGAGAAACCCAGCAAACAGAUUAGGAGCAGGUCCAGAUGGAGUAGAAGAAAUUAAGAGGCAUGCAUUCUUUUCCAAAAUAGAUUGGAAUAAAUUGUACCGGAGAGAAAUUCAUCCUCCUUUUAAACCUGCAACUGGCAGACCUGAAGAUACAUUUUAUUUUGACCCUGAGUUUACAGCAAAAACUCCAAAAGAUUCACCUGGUAUUCCACCCAGUGCUAAUGCACAUCAGCUUUUUCGGGGAUUUAGUUUUGUAGCUAUUGCAUCAGAUGAUGAAAGCCAAGCAAUGCAGACAGUUGGAGUGCAUUCAAUUGUCCAGCAGUUGCACAGGAACAGCAUUCAGUUUACUGAUGGAUAUGAAGUAAAGGAAGAUAUUGGAGUUGGCUCUUAUUCUGUCUGCAAGAGAUGUGUUCAUAAAGCUUCAAACAUGGAAUAUGCUGUAAAGAUUAUUGACAAGAGUAAAAGAGAUCCAACAGAAGAGAUUGAAAUCCUGCUGCGCUAUGGACAGCAUCCAAAUAUUAUUACUCUGAAAGAUGUGUAUGAUGAUGGAAAAUAUGUGUAUGUAGUAACAGAACUUAUGAAAGGAGGAGAACUGCUGGAUAAAAUUCUUAGACAAAAAUUUUUCUCAGAACGAGAAGCUAGUGCUGUUCUGUUCACAAUAACAAAAACAGUUGAAUAUCUCCACACACAGGGGGUUGUUCACAGAGACCUGAAGCCUAGCAAUAUUCUUUAUGUUGAUGAAUCUGGUAAUCCAGAAUCAAUUAGAAUUUGUGACUUUGGUUUUGCAAAACAACUGCGAGCAGAAAAUGGUCUUCUGAUGACUCCAUGCUACACAGCAAAUUUUGUUGCACCAGAGGUUUUAAAGAGGCAAGGUUAUGAUGCUGCAUGUGACAUAUGGAGCCUUGGUGUUCUACUUUAUACCAUGCUCACUGGCUACACUCCUUUUGCAAAUGGUCCUGAUGAUACCCCAGAGGAGAUUUUGGCCCGAAUAGGAAGUGGGAAGUUCUCCCUCAGUGGUGGUUAUUGGAACAGUGUUUCAGACACAGCUAAGGACCUUGUUUCAAAAAUGCUUCAUGUUGACCCUCAUCAAAGACUGACUGCAGCCCAAGUUCUCAGUCACCCCUGGAUAGUUCACUGUGACCAGUUGCCUCAAUACCAGCUGAACAGGCAGGAUGCUCCCCAUUUAGUGAAGGGUGCAAUGGCAGCAACUUAUUCUGCUUUGAAUCGUAAUCAGUCACCAGUUUUGGAGCCAGUUGGCCGUUCUACUCUUGCUCAGAGGAGAGGUAUUAAAAAAAUUACCUCAACAGCCCUGUGAAAUGACCUCAACCAGACACUUGGUACCACAGCAUAAGAUGAUAGCACAAAUCAUGGCGACAGGUAGCACAUAUCUGACAGAUACCUGCAAGCACACUCUGUCCCAGCUGGUACCUAUAAUGCUGCUGCUCCUGCUGCUGCUACUGCUUUCAUCUACUCUCGCUUUAAACUGUUGAUGUCAAGUUACUGAUCAUACUGGAGCUGCAAAUGGAGUGACAAGUGGAAACAAUGAAAAUUACCAUGUUCGCCACUGAGUAAACCAGAAGAAUUGCAAAUGCCACCUCUGUCAAAAAUACACUGAAUAAAGCACUCUGCACCACAUAGCAUUAUUUUUAUAAGGAAUAUUUUUUUUGUCCCCUAAAAUAUUCUUUGUUACAGGUCGAGAUGGACAGUUUAUGUUAAGCACUUAGCUUAAACAAUCUGUUUAUAUUAGCACUAUACAUUGUGCCAUCCAACAUUUUGUAUGUUUUUGUAAACAGUUCACAAGCAGUACAUUUCCGUGCUGUUUUCUUUAAUGUAUACAUGCCUUGUUUUACGUAGAUAUUAUUAAUCAUUAUGACAAGUAAGUCUGAUUAAACAGUUCACCUGGAUUAAUCAGUAUUGUUGAACAGCUCUAAAAGAAGCCUGACUGUUAAACAGCUAUUGAAUGUAAUACUAUGGAUAAGUAGUUUUCCUUGCCUACGUCUUUUCUACAUUUCUGUGUUUUUGAUGCCACAUGUCAUGUUAUGGAAUUUAAGCAGUGAAUCUCUCACUAUACUAUAUAUCCUAUAGGUAAUGUAACCCAGAGAAAAGAUAACUUGCUCCAUAUCUCACUGUCUUUGUUAACCCUCCCCUCCCUUUUAGUCCCUCCCAUCUAAUCUCUGGACUCAGGAAUUAUUGCUAAAUACUUUCUGAUAGAGGACAUUUCUAUAUGGUUUAUUCUUAUAAUCCAUUGUUAAUAUUUUAUCUGUAUUCUAUGACUUUUGUUUAAGCUGCAAAGGAAUUGUUCAGUGAAUGAAUGUUGGCAUUACAGAAGAAAGGCAGAAUUUGAAGUAAAAGCAAAACAUAUUGGUCGCUAAUAAGCAGCAGCCUGCAAAGAGUAGAUUUAAACUGCAGUCAUUGCAGUUGCAAAACUGAUGGAUCUAAUGUUCUGUCAGUUGCUUUCUGAUAAUUUUAAUUAACACUGGAAUGUGUUUGAAUACAGUGAGUGUUCCAUUCCACCAAAAUUAUAGGCUAUGUAAAGUCCUUCCAGAUAGGAAAUGACUAUUGGGAAUUCUAGCUUUAAUGAAAUAUGGAUCUGGGAGAAUGGUGGUUGGUGAACGGCUGUUGGUGAACAAUGCAAUUUUGUGUUUUGCGUAAGAAGGUAUUUUCUUGGCUUAGUGGUAUUAACUUUCUUUUAUGGUGCUUAAUUGGCUUAUUUCCCUGAAAUCAUCAGUGGUCUGUUGAUAGGAACAAUCAUCUUUAUGACACCACAGAUUUGUUCUGGAUGGGAGUGUUUUCGUCCUGCCAGAAUUUCUGAGUUCCUUGGGGAAGCUUCCUUUGCUAAAUCUGCAAAGGAUCCCACUUUUUUUUUCCCUUAAAAUUUUGCUAAAUAUUUAAUCCAUGGUAGAAUUGUGAAGAAAUUAGUUUUAUAAACAAGGAUUCUUAAAUUUGCCUAGUUCUCAGAAAUUUGAAAACACAGCUCUUCCCAAGCAAAUGGUAUUUUUCCCUUACUUGGUGCUCUGGCAUUGAAGUUCCCUUUAACUGUACAGAUGCAUCUACCCUUCCUUCAAGAAACAUUUUUAAGUAGAGGCAGAAAAAGGCAAUCUCAAUUUUUUUUUUUUUUUUACAGUGUCAGCAAUUCCAGAGAAAUUUAGUAAAACCUUACCUCUCAAAAAAAUAUUUUUCAGCUCUGUGCACAAUUUUAAAUCAGGCUUUUCAAAAUCCGGAAAAUGUACUUUCUGGUGGCUUUUAAGGUGUUAAUUAAAAGACUGUCAUAUCUAGUCAACCAAAUUAUUUAAAUGCUGUUGAAAUAAAAAGAUGGCAGUACUUGCCAGUGUGUCAGUAAUAACAUUUCACUUCAGGAAGGAGUUCCUACUCUGUUCAGUUUGUGUAUAUAGGUACCUGGCAAAGAACAGACCAAAAAGAGGAAGUGUUAAGCUGCCUCACUAUUGGCAAUAUCCACAUUAAAAUAAUAUAAAAAUAUUUUCAGUAGUUUUAUUGUAGCCUUAUUUUGUGGUCCUCAAACUCAUUAGCCAAACAGUGAAGCAAACUCCUGCAUUUUAUGUAUCUACACUCUCAAGUGAGCUGUUAAUUUAGUCUAGACUUUACAAAUGUUGCUAUUAAGUCAUGUAUAUAUAUCAGCAGAAGAUGAACAUUUUAAAUUGUAGCAAAACAGGAAAAUUCAGCACACCCUAAGCUGAAUGGAUUGAAGUCUAGAUCCACUAUAUUUUUAAGUUACUUUCUAAACCAAGGUAUAAAGAACCUGCCUAAUCAGGGAGGUGUAUUUUACAGCCAGGCAUGGUUUAUGUACCUUGCUUCCUGGUUUGGAUCCAUGUUCAUGACUUCCACUUUUUUUUAAUGUUUUUAUAGCUGCAGUUGUUAUAACCUAUAAAGAAAUCCACAUAAUGCUUCUCUGAGUCUCAGCACUUUUCUGUUAGAAUGUGAGUUUAUGACACACUGUGUAAAUGCAUUGCUGGACUGCUGCAAAGCAUUAGCAAGUGACUCAGAGAGUCAUGGAGGAUAAAAAAAGAGAAUACAGAUACAGGUGAAUUUGUCUAUGUGUUGACCAUGGUUUGUUUUAAAUUUUUUUUAGUGUGAAAUUACCAUUUACUGUGCUUCAGAGCAUGAGGGAACAGAGGGAAGAGUGAAGUUGCAAUACUCAUUAAAUGCCAUCUGUGUCCAGUAAUGGCAAAGUUCUGUGUUCAUAAUCACUAUAACGUUGAGGAAAACUUAAAAGGAGUUUUUCAAGAAAACAGUUAAAACUUUUUUCUGAAGAGACAAGGCCAUAAGAAAAUAGAUUUACGUGUCUGGGAUUUGUGUGUGUGUGUGUGUGGUUUGCUUUUGUAAAUGUGGUGUUACCAACUAAAGCUGUGCUUUUCUAUUACUGGAAGGAAAGAAUUCAAAGUGUGCUGGCCCUUACUAAGCAGCAAUGGUUAAUAGAUGAAUUUUCACGUAUGAAAAUGAUGUAAAUGAUUAGCUUUAUCUUGAUACUCUUGACCUAAUCAAAGGGAAGGUGUACUUAUGAGGGAUGUAAUUAUUUUGCAACCUAGUUGGGGGGAAGUCUACUUAAACAAUUUUUAAAAAAUUGCAAAAUCACAGAUAAAAUAUUUUUCUACGAUUCUAUACAAUCAUACUUUAUACUAGUUUUCUCAGCAUGGCAUGUAAGUGAGUCUAAGGUACUGUUCCAGGAAAUCAGUGGUAUUGUACCUUGUUCUAGACCAUUACAAUAGCAUCUGUUAGAUGCUUGGCACUGCUGUCAUAGAACUGAAAUGCUAGUUAAAAAAUGAUUAAUUGUACUGAAUACUUUAAAUGGUUGUUUUAUUCCGAGUCUGAUCUAAGAGAUGUUCCAAUCAUGCUAUUAAUGUGUAAUUAAAACUGUUCCAGAUGUAACUAUGAACAGUUUUGGAAAGUAUCAUUGCUUGUUUUCCUGUCUAAUGGCAGGUUUUGUAGUCUUCAAAAGAAAUUGAAAUUUCUACUAUGAAUAAACUUUCAAACAUCUUAAAA